GAUAACCCUAUCAGUGCGGACGACGAUGUAGCUUGGUGACGUCACAGGGGACACGCCGGUUGUUGAACAUUUUGCAUGUUCUUUUACAUUUGUUCUUUGCGGGAAAGCAAAACAUGAUCAUUCUUAGACUAGCAGCCAUCGGGUUGGUACUAUCGAGAUGCCAUGUUGAUUCAGCAUCCAGUACCAGUGUGGGGACUGACUUCACUGUGGCGUUCUUCCCCUACGCCUCCAAGAACAUCACUGUCCCCGUCAGCAGCAACAUCUACAUCACCUCGGCUAAUUCCGGCUACUGUAACAUCGAAUAUGCCGUUGAUCCAUUUACAAGGUCAGUCAGGUAUGUAGAGGUCAGACGUCAACAGACAACGAAGGUCGUCAUACCAAUUGCUGCACGAGUAUCGCUUGGGGCCGUCAGGGAAUUCAGUGCAAUCCGGAUUUCUUGCUCAGUUCCGGUGUCUGCGUACGCUUCCUAUAGUACUUCCGGUUUUCUGUCAAGCGCCAUGUUGAUUCUCCCGAUGUCAAGCCUGUCUACGACGUAUUACGUUCCUGGGUUCCCUGGCAACAGCUUUGUAGGAAUAGUUGCAACGUCUGAUGACACAAAGGUGCAUAUCAAACUGCAAUCAGUCACGAGGUUUAUGUAUGGAAACAAGGCGAAGGUAUCAGGAGAUUACAUCGAUGAAAUUCUGUCAGAAAACGAGGUACUGUUUUUGCAUUCGCCGGCCAGUGAUUUCGGAGGAACCAAGAUUACUUCCAACCAACCAAUCGCAGUGUUCUCUGGAUCCAACAAAAUUCAAGAUGGCGGUUUCGUUUUGAGCGACGAAUUCAGUUCCGCUCAAGCUCUACCUUUGCAUAUGUGGGGCACAGACUUUAUCAUCAAGGAACCACUCAGAUCAACCUACACCCGACGUUUUACAAGGAUCCUGGCAGCAACGAAUUCAACAGUCGUAAAUAAAAUAGCAGGAGGCGUCACGCAGUCCGUAUUCACUGGCCUGCGUCAAGGCAGCUAUACAGAGGACGAACUGAAUUCUACAGACACGACUGUCUAUUUCAGCUCCAACCCUAUUUCUGUGACCGUUAUAGCGUAUGGCCCGCAUGGAGCUUCGUACCUACCUGUACCCUGUCUAGCGCUUUACCAAACGGACACGCAAGUCCCGAAAUUAGAUUCAUCAGAUUCUUACAUAUUUAUUACGACGGAAACUAAGGAACUGCAAGGCAUGCAGAUAAAUGGUAACAGUCCUGUGGGAACAACAUGGGCCAACAUGUCAUCUAAGGUCUUACCAUACUCUAUUACCGUAAUGCCAACGACGAGGACUUCAUCGAUGACUCUCCAACAGACAUCCCUGUUAGGGGACUUCUCGGCGCAGAUUUUCGGUUUCGCGGCUAAUAAUAAGGAAUUCGAGGCUAAUGUUGGUUAUGGGGUCUCAACGUCGUCUCCAGGAGUGCCAGGUAUCGAGUACAGUCGAGUACACCUGACGUGUGACCGUGACAGAUGGGAGAUAACUCUAAAUGCAACAGCUUUCAAUGGCGGCCUGGACUACCGUGGUAUUUUCAACAAUGUGACCCUGGGUCGAGAUCCGUUCUGCACUGGGGUUCUGCAAGGUGACCGCUUGGUGCUCAACGCUUCUCUACAGGACUGCAACACAAAAACAGAGACGGAGAAAGGUCAGACCGUGUACGAGAACUCACUGACGUUUAAUCAGGUCUGGCAAUACAACGUCAUGUGUUCCCUGGCAACCACUAACAUGUCUGCGGCACAACCACAGGUCGCCAGUAACGUCAUCGACGAUCGUCUAGGCUCCAUCCCCACCGUCACUCAGAUUAAGUUGUUCAGUGACUAUGGCUUCCAACACGAGAUUCCUGGAGACUUGAAGAUGGUCACCGGAAGAACGGUGUACGUGGAAGUGUCCGCACCAUCGGACAUGGGUCUGAGUAUAGUGGUCAACGAUUGUUACACAUUUGACCGGUCUGACUCUACCAUACCAUUGCGGCACUUGAUCAGAAAUAGAUGCGCUAACGACAGGUCAGUAGGCAUCAUGUCCACCAGUGCGUACAGGAGACGGUUCAGUUUCACUGCCUCGAGCAACACUCUGGAGUACGUCAGCUGUGACGUACAAUUCUGCAGAACAAAUGACCUCAGUGAACCUUGUCAGCCAGAAUGUGUGUUUUACCUGGGGGGACCUGCCGUUGGCAGGUAGACAGAUGAAGGUCAUAGGUGCAGCGGAUGUAAGGGGUCAGGGGUCAGGGAGUCUCAGGACCAGACGUCCGCUAAUUGAUUAAUUUUAAAGGACUGGGUGAGACACAUUGACAAAGUCCCUAUAUUUAUCAGGAGCGGUUAUUUACGAGGUGGCUAACUUACGGGAAAAUAUGUCCAUUCUGUGAAACUAAUACUGAUUCCUUACUUCACUUAAUUUGUUAUUACAAGCAUGUUAAAGGACUUUGAGCCAAAGUAGAAUGUUUUCUGAAUGCAGGAUUUUCAAUUGAAAUAA